GACGAAGUGGAAGCGCCAGGCGAUCGUGGGUUUCGAGAUCUUGGCGGAGGCAGGAAACUACGCAGCCUUCCAGCGGCUGUACGCAGGGGGUGGAGGGGUACCAACGCACCCUGCGGGGCCCUACUGGCCCUAUCCAGGGGCAGCACCUCCACCACCGAACGACCUGUUUUACCGACAGGCCUCAGCGGCCGUGACGCUGCAGAAGCCCCUGCCGUACCGGCUGUACCCCCCCGCGAUGAUGCUGGCGGGUCCCAGCACGCCGUUGGGCACCCUGGCCGCCAGCUCCAGCCUGUCCACCCUGAGCAACUACUACAGGGACAGCCCAGAGUCCGUUGAGGCCAGGGAACGGGAAACCCUCGACAGGGCAAACAUGGCCAGGGGCAGAAGUAGGAGCCUCGAGAGGACUCCACCCCCCAGAGAGGACUCACCCCAGAGCAUAAGGGCGGACAGCGACGAGGAAAGCAUACACGACAUCUAG